UGUAUGUGUUGCAGAUGGCGACAGUCACUGUUAAAAAGGAGGAGGAGGAGGAGGAUGAUAGCAGCCAGCAACCAGCUGCAGUGGAAGAUGAUUGCAGCCAACAACAUUAUCUAAUCCCUGGCUACAACAUGAUCUUCAUCAAAGAGGAUGCAGACGAUCAAGAGGCUGAAGGAAGUGCAGUGAAGAGCGAACCAGAGAUGUGGUCUUCAAACUGCAGCACAUCUGGCCGAAACUAUGCAAAAGAAGUGGGUGAACUGAAUGAGCAUUCAAUCUCUCCAGUGGAAACGUGCACUGAGUCAUCGGUGGCUGGCAAAAAGACCAGACUCUACAGCUGUGCUGACUGUAGCUAUAAAACACCAAAGUUUAGUCAUUUGAAGAGACACAUUAGAAAACACACUGGAGAAAAACCAUUUAAUUGCGAGUUUUGUGAUUACAAAAGUGCUCAGUUGUGUAGUUUGAAAGUACAUAUCAAAAGACAUACUGGAGAAAAACCAUUCAGCUGCGAGUUUUGUGAUUACAAAAGUGCUCAGUUAGGUAGUUUGAAAGUACAUAUCAGAACACAUACUGGAGAAAAACCUUUUAGCUGUGAGAUUUGUAACUACAAAAGUGCUCAGUUAGGUACUUUGAAAAGACAUAUCAGAACACAUACUGGAGAAAAACCUUUCAGCUGUGAGAUUUGUAACUACAAAAGUGCUCAGUUAGGUAGUUUGAAAGCACAUAUCAGAACACAUACAGGAGAAACAACCUCUAGCUAAGCAUUUUUAGGGCCGGUUUCCGAGCUCGGGAUUUACAUAAAUUGUAGACUUCAAACAGCAGGAGUCAGAAAAUUGGCUUUCCAUAACGGGCGUAGUCGUAGUUUAUAUGAUAAUCUUUAUUUCUCAUUUCUAGAAUUGGAAACUUGUCGAAAUGAACCAUUCCUGAAUAAUUCAAAAUAACUGAAACUUUACACUAUUUCUAUUAAUUUUAUUUUGUGUUCAAUUUUCUAGUUUUUAAAUUAAUUCAAGUUAAUUGAAACAUGGACUAAUACUUUACCAACUCACUACCCUAAACAGAGCUGUGGGGUCGAAAGUAGUCUUCCAGACAUUUCCACUGUACCCUAUUUUGAGCAUUUAUUGCCUGGACUAUGAAUGCUUGGGAAUGAAACAAAAAACAAAUAUGUGAGAAUCUCAAAAUAUUAUAUUCACAUUGUUCAUGACACUAAAUCUAUAUCAAUAGUUUAUAUAAAGUUUUGUUUAAUAUACAGUAAUAUGACACUAUCAUUAAAUUAUGUUCUUAUCAUUUUAAUUGAUGUUUAGUUCAAUUCUAUAACUAUUAGGUCUAUGUAUAAUAUUUACACUUAUCAACAGAUUUUCCAAAUCAGCAUAUAUUAAAAUUCCCAUUAAAUCUAUUUAUAUAAA